AUGCCAUUCGAGGACAUACCUGCAAAGCCGGAUCAGUUACCGUAUAUGUUCGAGGGAGACAUCCUAUUGACAGAGGAUCAGCUGCAAACUAUUAUACGAUGCUAUUCAAUGAUUGGACGUGUCGGAUCGCGGUCGCAGCAGGUUUCUAUAGGAUACGGCUGCACCUCCCUGGGCACCGUAACUCACGAAAUUGGACAUGCCCUCGGUUUCUAUCACGAACAAGCACGAUACGAUCGUGAUUCCUACGUGCAGAUCGUCGCUCAGAACAUUCAAAAUGGCUAUUUGAGUCAGUUUACCAAGCAAUCCAGAUCAGCUAUGCAGGAUUACGGUGUCGGUUAUGACUUCGGAUCUGUGAUGCACUACGACCAGUUCGUGAGUGCACCUAAACUGUCAACUAUUUAG